CAGGAAAGCAUGAUCAGUCUUUCUUGUUUCUCCAAUAAUUUUCCUCUCUUCUCAUGUGGCCUUGCCUACCACACUUUUUCAGAUAAGUUCUCUUUCAUUUGGUUUCGCUAAGUCUUCUACUUUUACUGUCUUUUUUCAUGAUAACCAUGGCACAUAGAAAUGCAGCAACAACUUCAGAAGAGAAGAAGGAGAACAAGGACUCGUGGGUGGUUGUCAUCCAACAAAAUUUCGAGUUGUAUGACCCAUCUGCAUAUCACACAAGGUUGGCGAAGACGUCCGUCUACAAAUGGCCUAACGACCUUGUCAUUGCAUCAGACGUCAUCUGGCUUCACACCCCUCAAAUGGCAUCCCUUGGUCCCUACCACUAUUGGAAGGAGCACUUACAGCCCAUGGAGGAUCACAAAGAAAGAGCCUUAUAUGGCAUCCUAGCAAGGAGGCAGGUUUCACUCUCUAAUCUUGUGAGCUCUUUGAAGCAAGUAGAGCAAGAAAUUAGGGACAGCUACGAUGAUAUCGAUCCGAAAUUGCCAUCAGAUUCAUUUCUAAGAAUGAUGUUGCUUGAUGGGUGUUUCAUUCUUGAAGUCCUACGUAGUCGCCACUUAAAGGAGAAUGAUGAGCCCAUCUUCAGCAUAAACGGGAGGCUCACACAUACUGUGGUUUUUCGAGACAUGUUGUUGCUAGAAAACCAAAUCCCACUCCUUGUCCUAAGAAAAUUGCUCGAUGUAGUGCAAAGGGGAGAGAUCAACAAUGACGCAUAUCUCAAUGACUUGAUCUGCAAACGUUAUGGCUUCAAACCCCUCCCGAUUGAUGGACCUGGUUUACACAUUUUAGACAUUUACAGGAAGUGCUUGAUACGGGGCAGACCAACGGAAGAACAGCCAACCUUUUCUGUGGAAGGCUUUAUCAAGCCUGUUUUCUUGCAAUGCGACCCAUGGCUGAACGUCAUCGGCAAAGGAAUUAAGCGUAUGCCCCUCGCCAUCCCCAUCUUGGUCUGUAGGCUUUUAGGCAAACAAGUUUCCAAACCAGGAAACAUGCGAUCUGCAAUGAGGUUUCAUGAAGCAGGCAUUGAGUUCAAGAAAGCGAAAAGACACAGUGGGUUAAAAAUUACAUUCGAUAAAAAACAGGGAGUGCUUACUAUUCCAUACAUCAGCAUAGAUGACCAUACAGCAGCAAUAUACAUGAACUUGAUGGCCUUCGAAAGGAUGCACCCAAAACUGAUUGGGAAUCAUGUGGUGACAUCAUAUGUGUCCUUCAUGGACGAAUUGAUAGACACUGCUGAGGACGUGAGUCUGCUGUGCUCUAAAGGGAUUGUGAGGAACUUUCUUGGCAGUGACGAGGAUGCUGCAAAGGUCUUCAACAAGUUGGGCGAUGGCAUUAUAGACUGCCUAGAUGAUGAACUCUAUAGGCAAUUGCAGUCUUAUGUUGCCUCAGAUUGGAAUGCGGCGAGAGCAUAUUUGAAGCGAAACUACUUCCACAACCCAUGGUCCAUUCUGUCUCUACUUGCUGCCAUUGUCUUACUGGUUUUAACAUUUAUUCAGACCCUAUUUUCUGUGUUAGCCGUGAAACAGGGGGCGUCUUGA